CCCGAAUUUUCUAAAUAUUAAAAUGGACAAGAAGCAUAGAAAUCGAAGAGACAGAAAUAAAACAGUAUCAUUUUCUAAAGCAAUGUCGUACUUGUUAAGACAUGGAGCCCAUAAAGAAGGUUUGACUAUUAGUGAUGAUGGAUACGUCUUCCUCGCAGAAUUAAUGGAACACAAAUCCAUCAAAUCUAAGCACCCAUCUUUGCAAGAUGUUCUUCGUGUAGUCAACUCGAAUGAUAAGAAAAGAUUUGAGAUUAAAACAGACCCUCCUUCAGAAGAAGUUACACUUGAGAAUUGUUACAUUAGAGCAGCUCAGGGGCACACCAUCUCCGGAAUCGAAGAAGAGAAAUUACUAGAGAAAAUAGUUUUUCCCUACAAUUAUCCAUCAAUCCUUCAUGGAACAUAUGAAAAAGUCCUUGCUCUGAUCCAAGAAGGUGGUCUCUCGAAAAUGGAGAGAAACCAUAUCCAUUUUGCCAAAGGAUACGCUGGUGAUAAGAAAGUCAUUAGUGGAAUGAGGCAAAGUUGCGAAAUCUUCAUUGAAGUAAACCUUCCAAAGAUGGUCAAAGAUGACAUAUCGGUCUAUGAGUCCUCUAACGGAGUCAUUCUCACUUCAGGGAUUGACGGGAUGCUUCCUCCUAAAUACUUUAGAAAAAUCUUGAACAAGAACAAAGAGUUGAUUUACUCUGCUCCAUUUGACUACAUUGUUGUCUUUGAUUUUGAGUGAACCUGUGAUGACAACAAGGACACAAAGUUCAAUGUCCAGGAGAUCAUUGAGUUCCCAGCUGUAAUCAUUGAUGUCAAAAACAAGUGUUUCCUUAAAGGUUUUCAAACCUAUGUGAAACCAUCUGAACAUCCUGUUUUGAGUGAGUUCUGCACAGAACUCACUGGCAUCACUCAAGAACAGGUGGAUGCAGGAGUUUCAAUAGAAACUGCUGUUGCCAUGUUCCAUAAUUUCCUUGCCAGGAACAAUGUCCUGGGCAGUGAAUUCAUUCUCAUGAGCUGCGGUGACUUUGAUGGAAAAGCAUUGAAGAAGGAAGCUGAGUAUAAAGACUUCUUUGUACCAUCUUACCUCAAGGAAUGGAUUAACAUCAAGAAGGCAUUCCCACUUCAUCUGUAUAAGGAAGAAUUCAAACAAGAGACUGUCAUAAAUGUGAGAACUACCAAAGGAGUUGUGAGAGGAAUGCCAGACAUGCUAGAGGCUUGAAGCCUCGAGCUCCUUGGCAGACAUCAUUCAGGAAUUGAUGAUAGUGUAAACAUUGCUAGAUGUGCACUUGAAGCAAUUCACAAUGGACAUACUUUUACACACAAUUACAUUGAUGGUACAAAAUACGAAACAGGGUUUGAUAAAACAGAUACUUUUAAGGAAACUUUAGCAGAGCUUGAAUCUCAAGAAGCUGCGAAAGAGAUUGACAUAGAGGAUCAUUUGCUCAUGAUGCAAGAAUACACAGAUAAUAAUGAGUAA